CAGCUGUCUAUAUGCUGUACCCUGCCAAUGCUGCGGAAUACUGGCCAGAUCUGCCAGUGCGCAACGGUGUGGCUAGUAACUUGAGGAUUCCUGAUACUACGUUCUACCAUUGGGCCCCGCUCAGUGAACUAACCCCCAUUUUAUUCCAUUCGACAGGGUCCAAUCUGGGAGCUGACAGAAGAAUGGGCGACAUUUUGAAUAAGCCUAGCGGCUGGCGAACGCAACCAUGUCAGCCCACGAAUACAGUAUAAAUCUGAGUCCUUACCCUCCACGGGGUUGGCCAGGAUGGCUCCCGUCCUGUCCUCGCCUCCGUCCGCUCCUUCUGGAAUGUCCUCUCUCUUCGCGUCCAUCGGAGACAGAAAGCAGAUCAUCGUCUAUGCUGCUAUCGUCGUAAUCUUAUUUGCCAUUUUCCUCUUCGCAGCCAUCUACAUCCUCCGGCUCUACAAUGCUUCUCCAGAAUCGGAAGACGAAGAAUCGCACAACACCUCCACCCCUCGCCCGCCUCUUCGGCUCCUCCUCCCGGGAAUGGUUCAGCAACGCACCUCAAGCAGCACAUCUACCCUCGUCGGAUGCGCCACACCUCCGCAGAACUGCCCACCUCCCGCCAAGCGUUCGGGCAGUGCUCCUAGUCCUCUGCGUCAACAUGUUCACAUUGACCCUCUUCCGGUCGCUUCCGAGCAGAGUCAGGUUUCGUGUGUUCCCAUCGUCACACCUGGCGAGCGCCCUACGAACGCCCUGCCCGAAGAUCAAGCCGACUCUAUCGUAGGCCCCAAGGCUACGACCGAGGCGGCGGAGGAGACCGUCCCUACCGAGCCUGAGAUCAUCCCCGACCCCGUCGGAAGCAAGACGAAGUGGCUUCAAACCGACCCCGCUCUCAAAGUUGAGGCUGACAUAGCCGACAUGAUGAUCCUCACUUUCGAUAUGAACAAGCCACCGGGCCCCCUCGACAAGCACGAUCCCAGUGAAAUCGAUGGCGACAGCAAAUUUGCCGAUGAAGUUGCGGCAAACAUCGGCAACACCUUCCUUCAGAUGGUAAAAACACUGUCUUCCCCUAAGGCACUCAAGUCCCCCGCGCCGGCGCCCUCUGCCGGUGCGAAGUCCCCUCGCCACAUCGAGAUGAUGCUCGGCCCCGAGGGUAAUACCAGCGUAACGCAAGUUUCGUCGAAUUCCGCGAAGUGUGGUCUCCUUUCUUUCCGACAAGAGCCUCGCCGGGGUGAUCUGUGGGCGGCAGCUCUCGACCGUCUCGCCCGUCAUGUCUCGCUCGACGACAUUGAUGCAGACAACCCCCCCAUCCGCGAACCUACUCGCGUACUCGAGGACCCUAUCGAUGAUCAAGAAGUUAGGAAACCUGAUCACACUACGCAUUACGAAAUAGCAAAUCCGCCGGAACCCUCAAUUGGCGGUACGUCGUUGCCGGGCGACAAGUUCGCGUCGUCCGGGACGUCUGUACCCGCCUUCGGAUGCCGCACUGCCAAGACUGCGGCUGAUGACACGGUCACAUCGGACUUCUCAAGUGCUUUAUCUCAUGGGAAGCCCAGGAAGGGGGUCCGCUUUGCUGGAGACUUCAACGCGGAGGUCGGCGACCGCUGCCGUAUCAGCUACAAUGUGACAGCCGGUUACCUCAAGGUCAAGGUUGCCGACUCCAUCGCCACGCUGCCUCCGCUCUCUAGUGGUUCUCUCUCUGACCUUCCUUCCCCAUCUCUCACCGAGCCUACUCAUGGCUCGGCCGAUCAAAUCGCCGACAUUGUUGGAUCUUGUGGCCCCCUUGCGUUAUCUACGGCUGAGCGCGGUGGACCUGCCCUCGCGACGGAGGCAAGCUCCGAGUGCCAUCCUACCGGCUCGCCACCCAUCUCAGCCCUGAACGUCGACGAUGAGGACUGCAAGCCGAUCAUUGUAUACGAAAACCACCUCGACGAGGACGCAGACCGCAACUUCUACGAACUCGGGAUCUCGUACUCGACCCAGGCGCUCCGCAACCUAGUCAUGAAGAACGUCGAGCGGAGCUUUGCACAGCGCCAGGAAGAGCAGCGGAAGCGGUGCGAGGAGAUAGACAAGCUCUACUCGUCCUUCCACGAGGGGCACCUGAACGACGGUGCUGCGACUGCCUACACGCCUCCUUUGAGUCCAGAUCUUGCCAACUAUCACGGGCACGCGUAUGACUCUGGCGACUCCGACUCGGGUUCUUCGUCUCCCGCAACUCCUGCUCUUGGUUUCUGGCCCGACACUGCUCAUGCUCCAACAAUCACAAAGGGGACCUCUGCUGCGACGACCGACACCUGGAAGUUCUUGCCUGGUAACACAGCUGGCGACACUGGCUUUGCGGUCUCCGCCUCUGGCAACCUCUGCGGCCUUGCGCUCCAGCUCGAAUACGACGUAGGCGACGACGUGCCUCUCCCUCCUCGCCGGGUCUUAGAAACGUCUCCCAGCGACGAGAUGAAGCCGAUCUUGGUCGUCGAAGAGCACCUGGACGAGAACGCCGAGCGGAACUUCUACGAGUUCGGGAUCUCUUACUCGACGCAGGCUCUUCGCAAUCUACUCAUGAAGGAAUGCGAGAAGACCUCGAAGAGACGGCGCCUCGAGUUCGAAGUCGCAAAAGCAGUGGCUGAAGGACAGAAGAAGCAACAACGUACGGAACCUGCGGAUAUACCCGGCAACCACGGAAGCGACCUCGGACCAGGCGACGACACCCUGAGCUCGGCAUAUUCCUGCGAGACGAUCAGUGAUGAUGGUCAACGGUCUUGUGGCCAAGCCCCCGAGCCAAUGGCUGCGUCGCCGACUGCGGAUCCUCAUCAGGAAGACAUGGCCUCGCAAGAAAUGUCCCGCUCGGGCUCCUUCCAAGCUCUUGUUCGCCAGUCUGCCCAGCGAAGUGACUCUCUGGUCUCUGAUUCUGGCGUAUCCAUCAUGGACCAAGCCACUCGGCCGGGGCGGUUCUCCAAGCUCCUCAUGUCCUUCUACAACGGGUACGACUUCAGCGUCGCAGCUGCCAUCGCAGUCGGCCUCGAGAUCAACAUCGAAGACUGCGACACCGGCAAGGUGGUGACGCUUUACGACGACUAUUACAACCACGAUGACUAUCCUGAUGGCACCGUGCUCGCUGAGGAACCAUCUCUCGAGAUGCUCCAGAACAUAGACACCAAGAGCGCGUCUUCUCAGCACCUCCGCGUUCCCGAGACAAUGUGGACCGCUCCUCGCCUCGAUUCCUCCGUGCUCGACGCUUCUGGAAACGCAGACCUACAAGCUGGCCAGUUCCGCAACCGCCCUGCCGGAUUCGAAGGCCUGUUUUGAAGCUCGAAAGUCUUGCUACACCGUCACAACCCCAUCAUCCUCAGUUUACAUUAUCAAUUCUUCUUGAACGGUUCAUCUUCUU